AUGAAGACCCUCAAGACCGUCAGCAGAGGCAUCAGUGACAGUGGAGCUUGGAAGAAACUCGCAAAACCAACUAUCAGUAGAGGAAAGACCGCUUGGCCGAAGAAUAAGCCCGACCUUGAGCAAUACGAUGUCCGCUUUGACUACGACGGUGAGGUGGUCCAGAAUGGGCAGGUAUUCCACAAGUACCAGUCACAGCCCUAUGCGGGCAAAAUUCCGGCUUCAACUGAGGACUGUAGAAAUAUGAACGGCGGAACCCGUGGAGUUAUGACAUCAAUUCUGAUCAAGCAGGAUGCUACACAAGAGGAGGUCACCCAGGCUGUCGACAAUGUGUCGGAGGGGUGA